UAAAGAACACAACUGCGAGGGGUAGCGUCAGUUGUGAUCAUUUUGCGAUGGGAUUUUUUUAAAUGGUGGUUUAUUCAUGUAUAUGUACAUACUUGUAUAUGUAGGCUGAGCAUUCUAAAUAAUUUGAUAGUGCUCGCAGUUCCUCCUUCGCUCAUCUCGUAUACAUAUAUGCAACCAGUGCAAGUAUUAAAUUCGUCAGUGUCAAGCAAGAACGAUAGCUUAAAGAUUAUUAGAUACCGCAUAAAUUUAACUGAAUAAUAAUAAAAUAUUGAAAAAUGUGUGAAGUUCAAAAUGAUUUGACAAAGUUGUUCCAGUCUGCGGACGAAUCAAAUGUUCCUGAAAAAUUUCCCAUUGAAGGAAAACUUCCCCAGUGGCUUUCUGGAUCGGUUGUCCGGAUCGGCCCUGGAUUGUUUGAUUUUGAAAAUUUUUCCAUGCGCCAUUAUUUGGACGGAUAUGCUAUCUUGAGCAAGUUUGAAAUAUCAAAGGACUAUGUGACAUUCCAGAAGAAGUUUCUCCAAUCAGAUUCAUACAAAAGAGCAAUCCGAGCACAAAAACCUGUGGUAAUCGAAUUCGGGACGAAAGCAUAUCCAGAGAAAGGAAAAAGCCUUCUGUCGAGAUUCAUGUCUACAAUUAUACCAGAAAUGAGUGACAAUAAUAAUUGCAACAUUUUCGAAUUCGAACAAGAAUUGUAUGCUGCGAAUGAUGCGUGUUUCUUUCGAAAGAUUGACCACAAGUCAUUGGAGUCUGGAGAGCGCUACGACUCCAACAAACUUUUUGGAUUAAACGGGUGGACUUCACAUCCAUUAACAGAUGCGCAAGGAAAUAUGUACAACAUUGGGUUUUCCAUCCUAUCAGGGUUGAAAUUUUAUCUAGUCAAAAUUCAUCCUAGUUCAGCAAGUCAGAAAAACGCCAAAGAAACUUUCAAAAAUGCCAAAGUGCUCUGUACGAUCCCUAGCAGUUUCCACGCAGGAAUUUCAUUCACGCACAGCUUUGGGAUGAGUGAAAACUAUUUUUGUUUCGUCGAGCAGCCGUUUGUGGCCGCAGUGUCUGCCAUCGCGAAAGCUCUUGUCAAAGGAUAUUCUGCCAAAGAAUGGAUGGAGUGGAGGCCAAAGGAAAAAAAUCGAUUUCAUAUUAUUGAAAAGGCAACGGGAAAAGUGAUAAAGAUUGAAUAUUUCUCGUCGGAACCAUUCUUCUUUCUACAUUUUGUAAACUGCUUUGAAAAUAGUAACAACCAGAUCGUGGCAGACAUAAUUGCAUUCAACGACCCAACUAUUUUGGAUGGAAUGUAUCUAUCCAAACUCAGAAACAACAUUGUUGAAAACGUUUCGCAGCCAACAUGCCGCCGCUUUGUAAUACCACUUUCCAUUCCUAAAGGUGGGCGUGAAGGAAGCAAUGUUCUAGGAAAUUCUCCUGCCAAAGCUGUACGAUACGGGGACAGCAAACUCAUCCUAACACCACAAAUUUUAACUGAACCAGGAUGUGGUUUGUCAUGUAUAAACCAUAAUUUUGCUACUAAAAACUAUCAGUAUUUCUACGUUAGCGGAACAAUAGCACAAAAUUCUUUCAGUCAUUCCAUUUCGAAAUUCGAUAUCAUUAGACAACAUAGAAGCGUCUGGAGAGGAAAUACUGGAUCAUAUCCGGGACCACCGAUUUUCAUUGCCAACCCGUCAAGUCAGAAUGAAGAUGAUGGGAUCAUCGUAUCGCUAGUUUAUGAUAUUAGAAAGCAGAGUAAGGAUUUUUUAGUAUUUAUCGAUGCCAACAAAAUGGUAGAAGUGGCCAGAGUCGAAUUUGAUUCUCAUGUUAAUAUACCUGGAGCGUUGCAUGAAAUAUUUAUUCCGUCCAACUAAUAAUAUUUAUUAGAUCUUCUUUAUAAAUUACCAUUACAAAUUUGAAAUUUAAACUUUAUAAGCAUUUAUUCAUGGGUCUUUUGCAUAUAUGUCAAAGUAGUAGCCUCCACUAGCCCUGUUAAAGAAAUAAAUCAUAGUAUACA